AUGGACGCUUCCUUCCCCGACAUAUUCGACUUCAACAACAACAUCCACGACCUCCAUGAUGGCUACAGCGACAACAAAAAUUUUUACUGUAACAGUAAGGCGGAUUACUGUAACUCGCUGUUCUCCCAGAUCCUCAACCUCGAUCAGGUAGGUACUCGAAAUUUGAGGGGCUUGUAAUCUGAGGUACUGUAACAUGAGCGAAACAUUCUGUCUCGCUAUCACAUCUAACUGUAGAUGUCAGUGUUGGGUUUGAUGUGCUUUGGUCAGGUUGUACCUUAUUUUAUGUCUGAGCUAUUAGUUUUAUACCUUUCACCAUAUUUACACUAAGACAAUCUAUAUCUUUUGUACAAUUCCAUACGAUUUUACAUAUUAUAUUGUAAUACUUUGCAGAUAGCAUGCAUAUGUCGCUCCCUGUACUACACGAAGGACGGUGACAAACUGGUAGACCUCUUCUUCAAACAAGACCCUUAUCUCUUGCGACUACAGUCCCAGUCUGAUAUGGUACAACUUGCCUUCUUCUACUCGUUGUACCAUAGUCAACAGUACGAUGAGUUGUUCAGAAGUUUAGAAACGAUAAAAGUGGACGAAAAGUACUACGGUCACUUCACCAACUUAUGGUACGAAGGCCAUUAUGCUCAAGAACAGACGAAGAAGCCUAAGGCCUUAGGGCCUGUGGAGAAGUAUAGGCUUAGGAAGAAGUUCAAACCUCCACUGACGAUAUCAGAUGGCGAGGAACAGAUCUACAGUUUCACGACGAGGCAGCGAAAGGUAAUAUUAAGCACUUUAAUACUCAUAUUAUUGUAGUUUAUAUUAAAACUCAUUUUAAUAUAUUUUUGAAUAUCAAUAUUUGUCUCGAAAGUCUUGUCGUCAAUGUCAUUGAACGUUCAAAUGCUCCAAGACUUUUGUGACGCCCAGAUAUUUUAUUUUUGAGUAAAAGAGGUAGUAAAAACUACUUUAUGAUGUACAGUAUGUGCCCUUUCAGAUCUUAAAAGAUUUCUACAACAAAAAUAAAUAUCCGAAGCCAGAGGACAAACAGCAGAUCGCUCAGAUGACAAAGUUAAAGCCUCAACAGGUAUGACAAAGUCACUUUUCAUUUUGAAAAUUAUUUUUUUAAAAUUAUUUUAUGGUUUAAAUUUUGAAAAGCAUCAGGUAGCUACUAGUUAUACUUUGGAAUAACUAAAAUUACUAUGGACAAGAUUUGUCGCUUUACUUCAAAUUUCUAUCUACUUUUUGACCGAAAUGACAUCAAAAGUUUUCAAAAACGUUGAAAUUUUUAUUUUUUAAAUAUAUUUAAAUUUCUAGAUAGCAAAUUGGUUUAAAAACCGCCGACAACGCGACAAACCGCCUUCGGAGCAGCAAAUCAAUAUGAAUAUGGUACCUUUUCAGCCGUUGGACCCCUCGUUUUAUAUCGGUCAAACUCUACAUUGA